AACCCCGGCCUACUGCUGCUCUCUCUCCUGCCGCCUGCCUUCCUUCCCUCCCGGAGGCCCGAGGAGGAGGAGGAGAAAGAGACGGAGGCCACUGCGGGGCUGGAGCCAGGCUCGGCGGGGGACGCCUUGGCCUCUCACCCGGGAGCCAUGUCGGACCAGGAAGCCAAACCUUCAACAGAGGACUUGGGGGAUAAGAAAGAGGGAGAAUACAUUAAACUCAAAGUCAUUGGGCAGGACAGCAGUGAAAUCCAUUUCAAGGUGAAAAUGACAACGCAUCUAAAAAAACUUAAAGAAUCAUAUUGUCAGAGACAGGGAGUUCCAAUGAAUUCACUCAGGUUCCUCUUUGAGGGUCAGAGAAUUACUGAUAAUCAUACUCCCAAAGAGCUGGGGAUGGAAGAGGAAGAUGUGAUCGAAGUGUAUCAGGAACAGACAGGAGGCCAUUCAACAAUUUAGAGUGUUUGCUUUUUUCUCCCUUCCCUUUUAUCCUUUUUUAUUUUUAAAUAAUAGUUCUUUUGUAUUGUGGUAUAUAACACUGAAUUGAAAUCAGCACCCCAUUCCCAUAUCUGGGGUAUUAUUUCCAAAUGUCUGUUCUGAAUUCUUGUGGUCAUUAUACACUCUCAUUUGUUUUCAUUGUGCCGGAUUCUUGUGAUCCCACCGCGGUUGUACCUCCCUAUUUUUCCUGUUUCCUUUUUAGAAAUACACCCUCCCAUCCAUGAGUUUGUGUUUUGACAAGACCCAUGUGUUCAAGCACGUUAACAGAUUUGCCAGAUGGGCAAUGGUUCCUUAAUAUGUUCCAUAUUGGCCCCCAGGUUUUGAUGUAUGAUUUCCUCUUGUGGAUUUUAAGAUACAGAGGAGAUGAAGCUUUUCUGAAACCUAAACAGAAGAAUUAUGUCCUCAAGUUAAGAACUGUUUUCUGUAGCUUUUGCUGAUGGCCUAAGACAGAAAAGUAUCCAAGUACUGAUGGGAGAAAAGGCGUCUUUUUCUGGUAAUAUAUUUGAAGUGGCUUCAUUGAAGAUAUGAAAAACUCUCCUGCUUUUUACUGACGGAAGAGCCUAGAAAAGUCCUAGGUUUAGUAGCUAAUAAUAUGUUCAUGCAUCAAGAGGUGGCUAUGAUUUUUACAUUGUUGUAUCUUUUGAUCUGGGAUGUGGUUUUGAAUGGGCAUAGACUGUAUUGACUUCCUUUUAAAUAAAUGAAACAAAUGUAUAAACCUCUGCAUUUUCUUUUGAGAUGUCUGAACCUGUGGGACUAUUUGGCAAAAGCAGUGAAGGAUAUUUAAGGAACAGUAGUUUCACACAUUGACCACUGCUUGAGAAUCUUAUAAUGUAAAAAAUGUUUUUGUUCCAAGUUUGAUUCCUCUUGUGAGCUAGGAUCCUGUUUACUGCUUGCCCUCAAAUAUUAAAUAGAGUUUAUUUUCAAGUAACUCUCAGUUAUAUUUUGCAUAUGCUGUGUGUACCUCUAGGAUUCUGAAAACCCAUGCUAGUGUAAUAUUUAAAAAAUAAUAAUUUGUAAGACUUGGGGGGGGGGAAACAUCCAAGAAAGUUGUCAAUCUGCAUAACACUGUAACAUUUUUUCUAGGUGUAAUACCUGUUCGGGCCCACCAAAGGCUCCAUUUCAUAGGAAGUUCAUCCAAGAAAGGGUCAGUAACAUUGAUGGGACUCAAAUUAGUUAUGACUCUCUUGAUCCACUCCUUUAAAUACAGCAUAAGCGUAACUUUCUCUUUGCUGAAAUCUAAGAGCCUAGUGCACCCUUGGAAAUCCUAAGUAACUGGACCCCAGUUUGUCAAAUGCCCUGUUCCAUAGAAAUUCACAAAAUGUAUUAUUAUUUAUUGAAGGGGCAGAAACAGUUGAAAGAGCACUGGUCUAAUGUCAGUGUGCUCAUCCAUUGCCAUUUUGACUUCAGGAGGAUCAGAAUUUUGAAACUUAUACCAAAUCCCAUCUCAAUGUAAGAUAUCCCUUUCUAGAGAGCUCACAUCUAUGUAAAUGUUCUUAGGGUUUAGGUAUGUCUCAGAAUAUUUACUAAGUGGAUGCUAUGGUGAAGUCCAAUAGCAAAGAGGUAGAACAACUUUCUGAAACAAAAGGUUUCAUUGGUUUUGUGGAGUUCUGUAAAGAGUUAGAACAACUUUCUGAAACAAAAGCUUUCAUUGGUUUUGUGGAGUUCUGUGAGUAGUAUUCUGGAAUGAGGAUUCUUUCCUUUUUAAAGAAAAAUUUCCCUAUCAGUGUCUAGUUCAGCAUUGAUCACUUUCAUACCUAUUUUAGUAAGUUGCAGGACUGUGUCAUAGAAAGCCUGUCAUGCUAGAAGGGAUUUUUAGCUCAGGUUUAUAGUAUGAUGAUGGCAGGAUUAGAAACACAUUGCUCUACCUCUGCCUUUUUUUUUCCUUGCAAGGGGAGUGGGAAAAGAACAGAAACUGAGAAUGCAAUGUUACUAAGCAUGUUUUAACAAACCCGUUAAUUGUAAGUUAAACUUUUUUUUAAAGCUGGCACUUACUGUAAAGUGUUAAAUGGAUCUUUUCCAAUGCUUGUAGUUUCCAUAUCCCACCUCUGAUGCCUUUUUGUACACGUUAAACUUUUUUUAAAAAUUAAAAUUUGUUUUCAAAAAUCA